GAAAGUCUGUCCCCAAUGCCAGAAGGAAACUGUACCGACGCUUCAUUCGCGUGGCGACCAAUUGACAACCUCUCAUAUCGGAGCUCUCUGCCUAUUCGGGAAGCAGCGUGCUUUUGUAAAUCACAAAGGGCGGAAUGCAAGCGGAACGAAUCGUCGCAAAGUGGCACGUUGUUUCCGUGGAUUACAGCACUGAAAAUACCUGAUGAUAAAGCUCGCGUACCGAAACAGCCGAACAAAGUCUUCUCCACGGAAGUUGAAACAUGGAAAUAUCAUGAGAAAUCAGUUCGCUGUCCUGAUUGCGGCGUGAAAGAGGUGCCGAUAAUUGUUAAACAACAGAAAUUUACGACCUCCCGUCUAGCUGCAUUUUGUUUAUUGGGAUGUUGGCCCUUCUGUUUCAUCCCGUUGUUGAUGAGUCGAGAUAAAAACGUGCGCACUUUGUGCCCGCGCUGUGGCUACGAUUAUGGCGUUCGAAAUAAUAAACUCGUUUGCUCGCCUAAAUGUGCGUUUAGCUGUGGGGGACAGAGCGAUUCUGCAAUUUCACGGACGCAUCAUCUUUGGACAGACGGCCCGCGAAUAAAGUCGAGAUAUUGCGAUCGCGAGACACUUUCCAUGAGUGACGAAACUAUGAGGGCUCUCAGGGUCGCGGAGAAACGUUCUCAGCGAGGAAGCGAAGGAGACGGAUGCCAUUGCCGCCGUUCGCAAUCGAAGCUGUCGCGCGAAUACGCCUUUUGUACGAACCAGGUCACGAAUCGCAGUUCGCCUUAUGACGAAUGCAGCCGCAACGAUUACGCACACGAGAAGCGAGAUCAUCGAUGCGACUUGGGCGAGAGGAAAGCUCAAGAACGAAGCGAAUCCGAGAACGAUAAUAGGAUGAUGUUCGAUUUUUAUUCGAGACAAGCCUGCUAUCGGGAGUGCGGGUAAAAAGAAUGGUCGAAUGCAGAACGGCGAACGAACAAACGCAUUUGCACACCGCUCGUAAAACACGAGCUGUUACCUUGUUAUUCCGUGCAAAUUCAGUUCCGCACGGAAUUCUGUGGAAGGGUAAGAUAGGUAGAAAUUCCUCCAUCGUGAAACUCAAAUAGAAA